ACGCGAGGAAAAGCUUUAAGUGGACGGCGUGGUGUGUGUUGUUGUGAAUGUAGUGGAUGUAGCGUGUUAAAGGGCUUGACAGCGCUGCAGCAGCUCGCUGACUUGUUUAGGUAAAGUUUGAUUCUCCUGUAGAUUGUUGAGGUGUUUGUUGGUUCCUGCCGACUGCGACAUCGCCCCGUCGAUGCUUUCUGCUUUCACCAUCCUGACCUGUUCGACUCGGAGCUGAGAGGCUCGGUAUGUCGGAUGAAGAUUCCCGUGCCAGCACUAGCUCUUCCUCCUCUUCAUCUUCAACUCAUCAACAGCAGCAGCAGGACGCCAACACCCCCAAGAAACGAGAAAGCAAAGCCAGCAUGAGCAAGACCUCCAAACUCCUCUCCACCAGUGCUAAAAGAAUUCAGAAGGAAUUGGCUGAUAUUACGUUGGAUCCACCACCAAACUGCAGUGCGGGUCCUAAAGGAGACAACAUCUAUGAGUGGAGGUCGACCAUCCUGGGCCCUCCAGGCUCCGUGUACGAGGGAGGAGUGUUUUUCCUGGACAUCGCCUUCACACCAGACUACCCUUUCAAACCACCCAAGGUGACGUUCCGUACCAGGAUCUACCACUGCAACAUCAACAGUCAGGGGGUGAUCUGUCUGGACAUCCUGAAGGACAACUGGAGUCCUGCCCUCACCAUCUCCAAGGUCCUACUGUCCAUCUGCUCCCUGCUCACUGACUGCAACCCUGCUGACCCUCUGGUGGGAAGCAUCGCCACACAGUACACAACAAACAGAGCGGAACACGACAGGAUAGCCAAACAGUGGACCAAACGCUACGCCACAUAAUCAGCAGAGGAGCCGCUGGCUGGACGACUCGGGGAUGUGGGGGGCGGAGACGCUGGCAGGGGGCGUGGCCCCCAGCAGAGGAGGAGGGAGGAGGAGGGGCGGGUGGAUUUUUAUCUGGGAAUUGAAGUCUUAACUCCUGACAUUUCGUUGUUUAUUGUAUUUUUUUAAGUUAUCUCCAGCCCAACUAUAAUCAAAUCUGGCAAUAAUGCAUUUAGUGUUUUCUCUUUGAGUUUUUUAGCUUGUGCUUGAAGAUGGACAUUAAUACUAAACUGCUAGAUGAAACGUGUCACAGCAUGAAGCCCAGUCAAUUAUGUCAGUGUAAAUUCUCACAUGUAUUAAGUUCCAGUUGGUGUUUGCUUGCCCCUCCAAAGUGCCCCCUAUUAAAAAGGUGUUUUACACAUGUAGACAUGUUUAGAUAUGGAUGGAUUAUUGGUUGUGAUUUGUGUUCUGUACUGAUAAAAAAGCUGUUCUGUUUCUCCCUUAAGAAUUAAACAUGACCAACUGAA